UGAUCAAUCAUCAGAUUAUGAUCCUUCCAUAAUUUGCAGGAGUUGAUGCUUGCAGGCGUCGAUAGUCCAUCAAAUGCAACUGAGUAGGCAAUGAUCAAGCAACCAGGGAUUUUGAGCAAAGCAGUGAAGAAAUUGAUGGAGUGGUUGGAAAGGAUAGACGAGUUCAGGAAUCCGACUAGUGUUGCUGGGUACUCUAUCCCCAAAGGCAGUCAUGUCCUUCUGAGCCGUCUGGGGCUGGGCCGGAACCCUAGAAUCUGGGAAGAACCGCUAAAUUUCAAUCCAGAGCGGCAUCUGAAUGCUAGUACAGUUCAAGCAGUGGAGUUGAACGAGCCAAACCUUCGCUUCAUUUCCUUCAGUACUGGAAGGCGUGGGUGUGCAGGGAUGUUAGCAAGGCUCCUUCAAGGCUUUACUUGGAGUCCGCCACCGGGCCAAAAGGAGAUUGAUUUCUCAGAGUCGAGAAAUGAUCUCUCUCUCUUGCAAAACCUCUGCAUGCCCUAGCAAAACCAAGUCUGCGUUCACCAUUAUACCCACUUCAUUAAUGAAAUAAUCGAUUAAAAGGAUUAAAUAUUCCCCAUAUUUACAAAAUUUAUAACUUUCAUAUUUUUGUUUGAAAAAUAAUCGAUUUUUGAUCUAAAUAUUUUUAAUUAUUUUAAAUAUUUACAAUAUAUUUAUAAAAAAAUUUAUUUUUAUAAAAAAAUAAUAAUAAUAAUAAUAAUAAAGACAUUUUUAUCAAAACGAUAUCAAAAUAUAAUAAAGGAUUAGAUUUUUAAAAUUGGUUUGUAAUGAACUUUUUGAUCAAAUAAAUUUUCAUUAAUUAAAUUGAAAACAAGACACAAAUUAAUAAAAACAAAUCAUAAAUAUUUUUUUGAUUGAAACUUGAG